CAAGCGCCAUUUGUUUGGACGCUUUUCGGUCAGUUGCAUUCGGAAAGUGCAGCGGUCGGUAUAGGACUAGAGGGAUAAGAUAAGGGACGCGCAUUUUAUUCGCGAAAAACGCACUGAUUCGAUUAUGUGAGAAAACAAGUUGUGAAACAGAAAACGUAAGGAUCACAAUGCGUGAAAAAUCGUGUUCACCGAGUCAUUACCGUACCCCAAAUAAUCGCCUACCGUGCACAUAAAAAUCGCGUUAUUUACGGCCAUAAAGUAACAAGGAUCGAUUGUUAAUUUGUAAAGGGAACAAAGGUUAAAGGAGCACGAUGUCUCUGAGUGCGAGCGCUGAAAACUUAUCAUCAGAAGGGCAAAAUAGCGAAAGGUGGAACAUGUGCCUUGAACUGGCAUUGGAGGGUGAACGUCUGUGCAAGGCUGGAGAUUGCAAAUCCGGGGUGGCAUUCUUUCAAGCUGCAAUCCAAGCCGGAACAGAUGAUUUGCGGAUAUUAAGUGCAAUUUACAGCCAGUUGGGAAAUGCAUAUUUUUACCUGGGAGAUUAUGUAAAAGCUAUGAAUUAUCAUAAAUUAGAUUUGACGCUUGCACGUAAAAUGGGAGACAAAUUAGGGGAAGCUAAAUCCAGUGGAAACUUGGGAAAUACACUGAAAGUUAUGGGAAAGUUUGAUGAAGCUAUGAUUUGUUGCAAAAGGCACUUGGAGAUCUCUAGGGAAAUUGGAGAUAAGCUUAGCGAAGGGAGAGCAUUAUACAACUUGGGAAAUGUUUAUCAUGCUAAAGGGAAGCAAGCUGGCAGAGUAGGUCAUCAAGAUCCUGGAGAAUUUUCUGAGGAUGUCAGACAGUGUUUACAGCAAGCUGUAUGCUAUUAUGAAGAAAAUUUAGAUUUAAUGAAGGAAUUGGAAGAUUCUGCAGCACAAGGUAGAGCAUGUGGAAAUCUGGGAAAUACAUUUUACCUGUUGGGUGACUUUCAGCAAGCAAUUUAUUAUCACAACGAGAGAUUAAAAAUUGCCAGGGAAUUUGGAGACAAAGCUGCAGAGCGAAGAGCAAAUAGUAAUUUAGGAAACUCUCAUAUAUUCCUUGGUGAAUUUGAAAAGGCUGCACAACAUUACAAGAGAACCUUAGAUCUUGCACAAGACUUAGGAGACAGAGAAGUAGAAGCACAAGCAUGUUACUCUUUAGGAAAUACAUAUACUCUCCUUAGAGAUUAUCCAACUGCAAUAGAAUAUCAUUUGUGGCAUCUUGAAAUAGCGCAACAACUUAAAGAUCGCGUAGGUGAAGGCCGCGCUUGUUGGUCUUUGGGUAAUGCAUAUGCAGCAAUGGGCAAUCAUGAAAAGGCAUUACAUUAUGCCAAUCUCCAUUUAAAUAUAUCAAAAGAACUUGAAGAUCCCAUGGGACAAGCUACAGCGCAAAUGAACGUCGAUGACUUACAAAAGAUUUUGGGUCUGGAAAAAGGCCAACAAGAGAAUAAUAAAGAAAAUAUUGCGCAUAAACUUUCAACCAAUACAGGAUCAAACGUUAAUAUAUCAUCACCAUGUAGAUAUAGACUUAGACGUGAAAGUAUGGACAAUUUGGAUCUUAUCAAGCUUACACCGGACGCAAAAUUGAAAGAACAAGCCGAAUCUCAAACAGACAAAAGUAAUAACGUCACGUCACAGGUCAGUCAAAAAGAAGAAGAUAGUUUCUUCGAUCUUCUAUCACGUUUUCAAUCCGGCAGAAUGGAUGAUCAACGUUGUACAUUAAAUACGAAUCGCUGUCAGAAGUUUAGAACGAUCACGCCUGAACCGUGCGAUUCGGACGAUAAAGACGGGGAAGAUUUAUUAGAACUCAUUGCUGGAAUGCAAAGUAAAAGAAUGGAUGAGCAACGGGUGACGUUGCCUUACUUACCUGGCUUAAAUACUGAUCAAGAUGCUGAUGAUUCCUUCAUUGAGAUGCUUGUAAGGUGCCAGGGUUCACGUUUGGAAGACCAACGGAGUCCUUUACCCGCGCCAUCGACUGUGCAAGAUGCAGAAGAGGAACACGGCCAAAGAUCCAAUGGAACUCAAGCAGGCUCGACAGUUCCCGAAGAAGAUCUCUUUGCUUUAAUUCAAAGACUUCAGGCGGGGCGAAUGGAAGAUCAAAGAGCUUCAGGACCUGGGAAAAACUUAUUAAAACACUAAUGGCGGAAAGCGACUUAAGAAAGAGCGCGUGAGGCCCUGUGGUACCACUAUAUGUUUGGAAUUCUGCAACUUGUACACGCAAUUCCAUGUUUCGUUUAGUAUUUACGAAAAGUUCAGUGCUUAAUUUGACCAUUUACAGUUUAUGAAAUCAAACUCUAGGAAACUGUAAGGUAUUACCAUACCGUCCAUUGGUAUUAGUUCUUUUAUUACACUUUUCACUUGGAAUCGAACUUUCUUUUUCAUUACUUGAAUGUCUGCAAUAUGGUGCCAAAUGCUGUACAUACGAGCCUAAGUAAUGCGUUCAAACGCUCGGGAUACGUUACGCAACGUUGGGUAGAGAAUAAUUUUAUAUUUAGUAUUUUUCAAGUGUAAUAUCGUUUUACAGCAUAUAAUAAUUCAUGAUGAAAAAACUAUUCAUUCUUGACCAGAACAAAUGUAUGUCAUUAUGAGCACUGCCAGGCUGAGAGCAUGAAUGGCACGGACAUUCCUUCUUAAUAAAAGAGUUAUCACAUUAUCGAGUAUCGCGUGCCGAAGGUCUACCGAUCCUGGCGUUAUCUUUUACAUAUCAAACGUUAUACAAUUUAUUUGGUCACAGAUUAUUUUUGCAAAUGGCGGAAAAGUAUGCUUUAGCGUACCGUCUGCUUACCUGGUGCCAAACAUUGAUGCGUUGGAAGCUAAAUAAUGAGGGUAAAGAAGGAAGUUGUUGGUCAUUGUUACUCGUAUAUACCUUCGUGUAUUUACUGUUUCUCUAUUAUACGUUGAAGAACGUACGUCGAAGCGGAGCGGUUUUCUCGGAUCAAUCGAAUUGGUAACGCGUACAAUUAUAAUAAUUUAUGACAAGCGUUACCAUUUUUAUCUUUCCAUGUACUUCGCUCGUUCCAAGUAUAUGGAAUGUUGAUCGAGUAUUUACGAUGGGACUGGAUCUGUUAUGUAUGAUGUAAUUGAAUGAAAAUUAAUUCCAAUAGCACCUAACCUAACUAAUUAAAUUGUACGGUAAUAACGAUACUCCAAUGCGCUAACACUUAUUAACGAAACUUAACUAUAUACAGGAGAAUUUAAUUUACACGGAUUCUCUGACUUACAAUCUGAUACAGUGUAAUGUAUCGCCCGAUCUCCUUGUGUUCCAAAAAACAAUUUGAAAUAUGAUAAUACAGCGACACGUUCAUUAGAGAAGCAUAUUCAAUAUUUCAUUGAAUACUCCAUUAUAUUUAUAUCCUUAAACCUAUCUGUCGGAUAAGUAACUUAUAAAUUAUUGUAAAUUCUCGACGUUAUUUAUCUCUGAAUACGUGAUAAGAUAAUUAUUAGAAAAGGAAAUGUAACAAAAAACGCUUCAGUCAACAAUUUUUAAUGUACCUUUAAAAAAAAUCAAACAAACAAAAAACCGAAAGGAAGAAUGGAACAUUGCCUUAAUACUUAUGAGAUUCUAUCGACGACCUAAUAAGUGUGUGUUUUUAGACGUUAAUAAAACACUUCACGCCUACUUGUAUAAAACUAAAAAAUUAACUAUGAAACCGACUAUAAAACUAAACCGAGCCUGAUCGAGGGACUAUAAAGCUAUAUCUUAAAUAUUGUUAAAGAGAACAAAAAAAUAGUUAUUUAGCAUCGUACAAAAUUGCAAACGAGGGCUAAUGGUAAUUCCUUGAUGUACGAGUAGUGUUAUUUUUCUUGUUGUUGGGAAAAAUAUAUAACUGUGAACCAGCGAGUUAAACGUCGUUUUAACUGUGUAAACGUACAAGCUCGUCGCUCAUCGUCAUCAUUAAUAGGAUUGAUGUAAAUAUUGAUUCGUUAUUGAGUUGAUAUAAUGAGAAAGAGACGGAGAGUGAGAAACAAUUAAAUUGAGAAUAUUAUUUUUUGUAGAAGUUACAUUUGUACUGGAUUAUAUAUCUUCCAUACGUUUAGUUUCUUAACGAGUGCGAUGGCAUUUUUUAUAAAAAUCUGUUUUUGACGUAGAUUCGCAUUUCAUCUUCAUAUAGUUAUGUAUAAUACAAAGAUUCAAUAAAUAUAUACUUUUUUCAGAA